UGAGUUUUCCAAUUUUCGAAACUACAUUCGCUUUGUCAAAAUUGUGAGGAGUUAAAGCGAGCUUUCGGAUUCGUUUGGUGUUUGUGGAGUAAGUGAGAAUCGCAGCCGGAGAUGGACACGCCAGUUCCGAUGGCGAUGGUGCCCACCAGCCUCAAUCCGAUCCUCAACCAGCGACCGGUUAACCAGUCCAGAAUUAGAACCAAAACAGCGGAUGGAGAGCCCAUGGACAGCGUCUUGGUCUCCAACAGGGAAAAGGUUCAUCCGCCGGCCUCCUCGUGGCUGAAUCCCCUCCAGCGGCAAAUGGAGGAGGUGCGUCAGGCUCUGCGAGCUCAGCCCCAUGCCAGUGACAUCCGCCUGCUGAUCUUCACGGCGGCGGCCAGCAGCCAGGAGCACGAGAGGACGCUCGUCCCGGUGCCGCCGCAAUUCCAGGCGGAACCCGGUGCCGGCUGCCAGGUGGAUCGACUGCGUCGCUCCGUCGCCGACAACUGGCCCUCCUGUCGCCUCAUGCUGGACACUCCCAGUGCCGACGAGCAGUACGAAGAUCUCAACGCAGACGAUGUGGAGGCCCUGCACCUGCUGCACUGGCUCCUGGUGGCCACGCCCUCCUCGCCCAUCCUGCGUCGGAUGUCGGGACUGCAUUUGCGCAGACUUUGCCGGGUCUUGGGCCUGGCGCGUCCCACUCUGGAGCCCGGCCACCUGCUGAGCAUCAGCUAUCGGGAUCAGGAUCAGGAUCAGAAUCAGGAUCAGGAUGACCAGACCAGUAGAAAGCCCAGCUAUGCCUUUCUGGGCCUGCCCUUCAAGUAUCUGUACCGCUUCCUGGCCACCGGCUGUCUGGAGCAUCCGCCUGGUGAGCCCAUCCGCUUGUUUGCCCAACCGGAAACGGCCUUGGUUCACUGCGAAGAGCUUGCCGAGCCAGUCCAAUCCUCGCCAGAAACAGGGGAAGAGAAAAAGACAUCCCCAAACCCACUGUGCUGGCGGAACUCCAUCCUCUCAGCGCCGCAAAGGGCUCUAGUGAUUUGCCAACUGCCCGCGGAGUUGGACGAGUCCAUUGCCCAGUCGCCGGAGAAGCACUUCCUGGAGUACUUUGUCCAAGAGUCCGUGGGCCUGAGGCCCAGCUAUCUGCUCCUCUUCGACGAGUCGGUGGCCGCCCAGGUAAUGUUCGCCUGGCCGGGCAGACGGAUCGAGGUGGAGAUUACUGGUCCUUCGCUGGCCCAGAGAUCCCGCGCCAGGCUGUUGGGCUGGGCGAGGAGUGUGGGCCUCAAACUGGGAGCCUUCAAGCGGGCUCUAGCCGCCCUAUAGAGAGUAUAUACAAAGUCCUUCCUUCAGAGCCCAGCGAACUGGAGCUACUUGAUGUUUCGGUUUUUCCUCACCAAUUGUAAAUAAAUAUUUGGCUAAAU